CGUGUAAUCGGUCUUUGUUUACUUUUUGCAUUUAAUUUGAAUGCAUUUUUAUAUCUACAUACAUGCAUGCUGGUCACCCCAUUGCCGGGAACGACACCGGCAUUUGCGUUGAUUUUGGCCAACUUCCGAAAUGUCGAUCAGCAAAUAUCAGCAGCGUCAGUAUUAACGCCAGCCAAUACCGAUGCUGACGGCAUAGGCAACAACGACAACGAGACAACGAAAGCGAUAGCGGCAACAACAGUCAGCAGCAGCCAACGUUUAGCUCCAGCUCCGGCUCAAGUGAUCAGCAAUCAGUCGGCGACGGGCAGUUAGUUGACGACUGUUGAACUCGAUACAUCUGUGAUGGUCACGCGAACGGUACGAACGGCAAACAAGUUGUAGUGAUCAGGAGUGAUUAAUACAUUAACUGAACAAAGCUACCCGACGAAGAGGUGGUCAAACGAGCGAUCGACAGCGAACCAACCAAACUAUCCAAACAACAAACUAACCCACAAAACAAGGUGCACAUCAUCAAAAGCCAACCAACAACGUGUCUUGUGAUCGAGCGACGUUGUUGAGCAUUCCACGAACAAAACGUGCAACUGAGUUUUGUUGUACAAAGCUGCGCGCACUUUUUGGUUGCGUAGAAGCUGAUAAUAAGACUUGGCACACCACCGAAAAGAGUGGUGCGGUAACUUACGCGACUAUACGUAAUACGCGUGCGACGCAAAGCAUCGACCAAUAAUUUGGUGUACACAACGACGACGACGCCGACGACGACGACGAAAACAACGGUGGUAGCUGUGACCAACCUACCAGCAGCGCGUCACGAACCGCGAACAACGAACAAUAACCGCCAGUAAUAAUAGUAACAUCAGUGAUAGCGGACGCAUCAACAAUAGCAAGUAACAACAACAACAACGCAUCCCUCCAACCGCCGGUGCGUGCUCACUAGCACUCCACAAUACGCAAGCGAGCAAGAGUAACCGAACGCCGCAAGUUUCAAUCGACGGUGCGUAGAGCAUUGCAAUAGUAAAAUGUGUCGCUGCUGUCAGAGUUGCUGGGAGGACUUCAAGUGGAACUGCUUUGAGGAGAGAUUCUGCUACGAUGAGUCAAUAGCCAACUACAAUCCUGACGAGGAUAUGGACUAUGUGACCAUGCAGAAGAAUGGCAGUGCACUGAGUCAUAUCCAGGUUUCGGAUAACAACAAUUUGAUGGUGCCCAUCAUUAAUCAACCAGUGCGACGGAGUAAUUCCGGCCUUAUAAGUAAUGCGAAGAUACACGAAGAAGACUAUCGUCGUGAAACACAAACCAACGUGCCAAUGUUGGGACCCGAAAUAUUGGCUGUUUUUGCAAACUCACAAAUAUUCCAAGAUCAUCAACCGACCAAAUUGGUACGAAUCAGCACGAAGACCUAUCUGGCGGGCGUACAUUCACCCAAUAAAGAGAUGCCGACAACGCCGCGUGAAUCCGAGCAAGAUCGGCUAAUACGGCGAUUGGAAGGAAAUAACAACAAUGUUGAUGCUGCUAUUGGUGAUUUCGAAAAGAAGACGCCCGAAAGUGUUGCACCCAAAAGUGCUGCACCCGCAAGUGUUACACCCGAAAGCAUUGCGCCCAACAGCGCUGUCACCACACCAGCUGAUGCGGCAGAUGGCACCACAGAAAAACGCAUCACUUUCACCUUAACCACCGAUUCGUCGCCCGAGGGUAGCCAAACAUUGACACCGAAGAAAUUCGACGCGAUUGCUGAAGAAGGUAUGGAUCGUGUUCAACCGUCAAAGCCCGACUCGAACGAGGUGAUACUCCGUCCACCGCGCUUCAUCGAUCGCCAAACACACUUGAUGACCACCAGUUCGGGUUUAACAUCGCCGCGCAAGCUCAAACGCAGCGCAACCAGUGUGCCACAUUUCAAUGUGCGCAGCGCGGCCAGUGAGACCGACAUCUUUUCGAUUACCGGUUCCGGUUCUCGCAUUAGCAUGACACCCGAAGUACCAUCCAUAUCGUUUAGCAAUCUGCCGAAGAACUACGAAGAUACACCUACUAUAGAAAAGUAUCGGGUCUCGCAAAGUCUCUACUCCAUACAGACGGCCAAUGCGGCGCGCGUCAAUCAGUAUGACUACUCGAUGCCGCGUUAUUUCCGUCGCUCAGCGGCAGCAAUGCAGACGCAGAGCAAUGAAAUGCUAUCGUCCGCACCAUCAUCGUCAUCUACAAAUUCUAUGUCAAUGUCCACUGAAGGCAUGCACAAGGGCGAGAAGGGUAAAAGUAAGCGACUGCAAAUGUUGCGUGGCAAUUUGCCGCCAUUGCUGAUACACUCAGUGUCGUUCCGCAAGAAUAAGGAGGAGGGUAAGCAGCUGGACUAGAAAGAGUGGGAAAUGGUGGAGAAGAACUUAACGAGCGCGGAUGGAAGGGGGGAUAGUGUGCGAUGGCAUGCUGUUGUAUGUACUUAAGUGAGCGCUAAGGAGAGAGUGUAAAAAAUUAGAGUAUUAGACAGUGGAGCUGCCUGAACUUGAACCUAAAAAAAUAAAGUAAAUAAAAAUAUUAAGGUUAGGUGGUUUUUUCGAAAGUGGGCGCUAAAUUUUUUAUAAUAAAUAAAGUUCGAUUAUAUUCGAUUGUAAAUAUCUGAGCAUUUAUUUGUAGUUUAUUUUGUAUAUUUUCUUAAAUUUGCUAAGAAAAUGGGUUGCUCAUUCCCGCGCCAAUCCUACAGAAUUAUCUUUUUGAUAUUCCCACGAACUAUUAAAUUUUGUAACAUAAAUAAGUACUUAAAAGAAACGUGAGUUCCGAAGUAAUCAAGGGAAAUUUAGCUGCGUAUAAAAUAUUUAUUGUAGUUAUAAUUCAACUGUGGAUAUUCAAAAUAAAUUAUUACGUACAAUCUUGAACUGAAUUGUUUUCAAAAUGAUAUUCGAUUCACCUGCUUCAUCAUUUAUCUCGAAUGCGAGUCACAUUUUCGUGAAUUGUUGCAUACCUUUAGGCAUCACUUCUCAGUACGAAACUAAAUUGACAGCCCCUGCUGCUAGUUGCCUCAAUUGUGUAAUAAAUCAGUUAUAAUUAUAUUUCAGGUAAAUAAAUUAAUUAAUAAAGCGAUAAAAUAAAUAAAUAAAUAAAAUGAAGGACCUGAAUAACAAAUUUUUCGUUCCAAGCCGCUUAAUAAGUUGCACAAAGCUCUCUGAUAUACUAUAUAUAAUAUUUUAUUAUCUCAUGCAAGUGUGACUGGCAAUCGAGGUUUAUGAUAGGACGGUGUGACAUAAUUGUUUUCCAAUAAGCAAAAUCUCAUUUAGAGCGCACUGAAAAUAAUGAAAAAUAAAUUCGAAAAAAAGCAGAAAUUCAUAUAAAAUUUGGUACCAACAAAAUGUAAGCUUUUUUAAAAACUA